CUCGUAAUCAAGUAACACAAAAUUUGCAAUGUGUAAAUGCCAUUAAAAGGUUACUUUGAAUUUAAUGUGUAAAUUUGAUUAAAUUAAGGUUGUUUCAUGCAUUCUCGAUGACAAAGAAGAAAAUCAUGCAGCGCAAUCGCAAACACGCUACGUAUUAGAGGUCACGUGAUUUUCUAUCAGCUGACAUCACUGAAGUCGAGGAUUUCCUGCAGUACAAUGAUAAAAUUGCUCGACAAAUUAUCGCCUGAAGAAUGUCCUAAAGAAGUAUAUAAUGGUCUGUGUACAACAUGAAGUAAGGCACAAAGACUGCAUAAACUCGUACACAUGGUGGCAGAUGAAGUGUGCGGGAGACGGGGUCCCAGACGGUCAGACUUCAGUGACCGGUGGAGUUUGACUGAAUGGAUGGAUUUAAUGAAUAGCCUCUCAUCUUUUAUCCGUUUUACUGUAGGGAGAGGUUGCACGGAUCAAGAGGUUCGGGAGCUGCUGAGUGAUUUAGAUACGGCACGUACCGAGGCCGUUCUGCAGUGUGUGAGGUCCAGGUUCGAUGAGAUCAGACAUGCUUUGGUGGACAGGACUAACGCCAUCUCAAGCACACAUCUACAGGACUUCAACUGGCAAAUUAAGCUGGCACUAUCCAGCGAUAAGCUUUCAGCCUUAAACACUCCUCUGCUGAAUCUCAGUCUGGACUUAAAAGAUAAUGGAACUCAGAGAUCUAAAAACAUAGAAAUGAACAAAGAGGAGCUACAAACACUCAUCAGUGCACUCGAGGCAGCUAAUAAGGUGGUGCUGCAAUUGAAAUGAAGACACCGACUGGUAUUUUUCUCUCCGGGGACUGUGCCGUCAACCCCUCUGAGAGAGAUAUUCUGAUGUCUGUAUUGAGACAAUGCCGGCUUGCCGGCAAAUAGGAAUUUUACACAAAGACUCUAGAAAUGAUAUCUUUGACUCUCGGCUAUUCACACAGAACUCAAAAGACUGUAUUGUUGGCCAGGUGAAAGCUUGGUUAUAAUCGAAAACAAUUGACCGGUUAGAGGUGCCAAAUGAUUUAUAAUCUUCAUUAUAAAGUCAAAUCCAAGGUGCCCAGUCUACAAUGUGCUCUAAAUCAAGUUCUCUUGAUUUAAUGCCCUCAUUAUUCCCAAUCCCAGGAGGCCUGAGGGUCGUCGGUUUGUGAACGCGCUUAACCCUCAAAUAAAGUUGCAGAUUUAUGUUUUGAUUUCUUUCACAGUUGUGUGUGUUCAUAGUAACGCAAGUACAAAAACAGCUCUUCACAUUUCAGUUGGUUUGGUGAGAGUUUAUUUGAAUUCAUUCAAAUGUCUAUGGUUUAUAAUAAAGUAUCCUUAAGAACAA